GCUUUAUUUUCAAGCGUGCGUGAAAAUGAAAACAAACAUGUCUACAGAUCAGUCUUCAUAUAAAGAACUAAAAGAACAGUUUGUCAGUGGGCAUCAAGGGUCAUCAGCUGUAGAAAUAACGUUGAUUUAUUUGGGCAUAGUAUGUUGCGUUCUUCUACACGAGGCUUGCAAUUUUAAACCCAGAAAUCAAUGGUACCACAUGAUCAUUGACUUCCUGGUUCUUGUCUUCCCUGGCCUCCUCUCCGUUACAAUCCUCAGUGAAUCCAAGAUUGUAGUCAUUGUGUUUCUCUUGUGUGUGGCAGCUUUUUUAUUUAUUACUAAUACUUCAAAGGAAAGCAAGACAUAUUACCAGUCAACUGUUCCUUUCCUUAGACAAACUUUCAACAAGAGACUGGAUUUUGUCAGUAAUUUUAGAGCAUAUGCCUUAAUUUGCACAUCCAUAUGUAUUCUAGCUGUAGACUUCAAAGUUUUUCCUAGAAGAUUUUGCAAAUCGGAAACUUUUGGAACAGGGUUGAUGGACACUGGUGUAGGUCUUUUUAUAGUAGGAAAUGGAAUUGUUUCACCAGAAUCACGAAACAGCGUAAGAAGUACAAAUCUUAAAAGUUCUAUUUUAUCAUCUUUUCCUCUCAUUGUCCUUGGAUUGGGUCGUGUGCUUUCAACAAAAGGUGUCAACUACCAAGAACAUGUGACAGAGUAUGGAGUGCAUUGGAACUUCUUCUUUACAUUAUCUGCUGUUAAGGUAGGCUCAAGUCUACUGUUGAAUCUUCUUGGAAACAGAAAUCUCACAGGACCUGGCAUACUUUUGAUCGUGGUUUAUCAACUGUUUCUCACCAAAUUUGGUCUGACUGAGUACUUGGAUCUGGGAGCUGAUGGUCAAGGUGGCAGACAUGGAUGGUUUGAUUCCAACAGAGAGGGGAUUGUGUCUUGUGUGGGCUACCUGUCAUUGUACUUUUUUGCAGUGGAACUAGGAAAACAUAUAUUUAACAAAGAGAGGAAGACAGUAGAGGACUGGGUGCCAUUUGCUGGAGUUCUAUUUGUUCUUCAAGCUCUACUCUGGGUUCUGAUGGUUUGGUCUGAGGUUCAUGUCCAGGAAGUUUCCAGGCGCUUCGCUAACUUUGCCUACGUUGUUUGGAUCAUGGCCUUGUCAGUAUUUGAGUUAACUUUGCUGCUAAUUACAGAACUGUUUAGUUCUUUUCAAUCAUUCACGUUAUCUAAAGACAAGGAGGAGGGAGAUGACAUGUGCCUGUUGUCAGCCGUGAAUUAUAAUGGAAUAUUGUGUUUUCUGUUGGCAAAUGUCUUCACUGGACUAGUCAAUAUGACUGUAGAAACUCUACAAUCUUCACCAUCAAAAAGCAUGGCAAUACUCAUCAUCUACAUGGGAAGUUUGAGUUUUGUAACAACAAUACUGUACAAAUGGAAAAUGAGAUUAAAAUUCUGGUAACAUUG